AUGCUGAUUCAGGGUUCUCUGUAUCUUUGGGGCCUCCUGUACAAUGUUCGUACAAUCUAUGGCGUCGCAGCGGUUUUAUUUUUGUUACCCGUGAUGGUGAUUAUCCUUGCACGAAAUGGAAAUGUUUCGACAACGCACAGGAAGCUUAAGAAAAACCAUAAAAAGCAAGGAGAGUCUGCGAAUAAUAUGGAAGAUCAAUAUCAUCCCAUGUUCGGCCUCCCGGCAGAUUGUGGAAAUCUCGGGCUGCCACGAAUCAAAGCACUCUAUCUCCACCCCGUCAAGUCUUGCGCACCCAUUGAGGUCGAGUCUGCUUUACUCACCAAGACUGGAUUCCUCUUCGACCGAUGUUUCGCAUUUGCAACGGGCCCUCUUCAAAACGGACCCGACUCGACCGACAAAUGGCGAUUUAUCAGCCAGCGCACUAAGCCUGCCAUGUCCAUGAUUGAGACUGAAAUAUGGCUUCCUACACAGGGUGAUCAUGUCGGUCAUCUGGCCGUGAUGUUUCCAAGUCUAGAAACACCUACUUGGGCCGAUCGACUUGAGACCCUUCUUCGCACGUGGGAUCUAUCCGCCAUUCCCAAAGUAUCAUUCUCCGUACCCCUCGAUGUUAUCGCCGAAGGAUUCGACGACUACGUAACGAAGCCGAAGACCUUUACUAUUCAUUCUCGUGAAGCCAUGGGCCUCGACAUGGGCGAGCUUCCUCGUGUCGCAGCAGCCAUGCCUAAGCUGAAGAAGUUUUUAAAGAUCCCUGAUAACCAAGGCCUGUCGCUUUUCAGAUGUACUGAAGACACCCUGGUCCGCACUGAUAAAAACCUCGCACCGCUCGAGAACAUCGGCACACCGGCUGUUCACGGAUACACAGAUCAGCAACCGCUCAACAUCAACAGUCUAUCAUCCGUUCACGCCGUGUCUGCGCUGCUUCCCGCCGAAAAUCAACCCCUGAAUGCACUUCGUUUCCGGGCAAAUAUCUGGAUCGAGAAUUCUCCCGCUUACGAUGAAGAGACGUGGAAGCGCUGCACCAUCUUGCCAAAGGAUCGUCAAGUGGAUUUAAAAACUCACGCAGCCCCAACUCUUUCUGUUGUAUGCCGGACUUCGCGGUGCACAAUGCCCAAUGUUGACCCGGAGAAAGGAGUCUUUGAUACGGAUAAUGCGCCUCCGGGUAGGAAGAAGGGUAAGCCGCAACCAAGCACAACAUUGGUACAGCACCGUACCGUUGAAGAUGGAAACAAAAUGGCACUCGGAUACCUGGGCAUGCAUUGUGUUCCAGAGGAUUGGUGUUUGAGAAUGGCCGAGGACAAUGAUCAAGGCUUGUAUGUUCGUGUCGGUGAUGAGAUUGAGGUUCUCGAACGUGGGACACAUCUCUAUGGAUCUACGGCUGGUGAUUACUAG